CUAUGUGUUCUAGAGUACUCUCCCUUGCCUCCAUCCAACAUGGCAGCGUCCUUUCUAGCACGCUGUGUAACCUCUAACACUAUUCGUAGCUUGGCAGGUGCCUACCGUCGUACUGUUAAUGUAUCAUGUAAACGCUACUUGCUGUCUCAGGCCUAUAGCUGCACUGAGGCCUGGAAGAAAAGUCUGGCAGAUCCCAUAUUUAGUCAAGUCACUCUCAACGAAUUUAUGAUUCAAAUGAGAGAUCAAUAUGAGAAACACAGUUCGAUAAGUGCAGUGGACAUGGAAAUUUGUGCAAAUAAACUACAAGAGAUGGAUCUUGAUGAUGCAAGUUUUAUCGAAGAGCUAAUAAUGAAAUUCCGAAGGUCGCCAGCAGCAAAUCCAGUCAGGGAUUCUAUUGUCUAUGUCAUCAUACGCAUGUAUAUGGAACACAACAUUGCUGACAGGCUUAUUCCACUCAUGAAGCAAAGAUCAGUAACCGGAAUUUUUCCAGACCCUUACUCCAUUAGUCUUCUCAUGGACCAUUUCAUACUAAAAGAAGAUUUUCAUCAUGCAGCUCAGGUUGCAUAUGAGAUGAUGAUACAGGAAGAUUUAAGUCAUCCAACCUCUCGUCUCUUGGCUUUGUAUUCCUGUGUGAAGUUCCUGAAGCAAGCAAAUAUGGAUGAUUUAACACCUGCAGAGAUUAAAGAUGAAGAAGGGGAGGAAGAAUGGAUACCUGUCAGAUACAUUAAAUAUCCCUCAUAUGAUGACCACUUUGACAUUAAAUCUGAGCAGUAUCUUCUGGGAAAGACAUUGUAUUUUCUGGGAAAAGAGUAUGCAGAUACAACCCUUGGCCAUUCUUUAAAAGUAGUGGGUUUAGGACUUUACCAUAAGUUCAAGCAUUGCCUGCAGGUACUGAAAGAUGUUGCAGAGUCAGGUGAUGCAUCCAUCACAGCAGACACUUUCAGUUAUGUUGAGGCAAGCUUAGACAAAGCUCAAGCUCGUGACCCUAACAAGCCAGAGAAAGAAAUGGGUUUGUUGACAAUUGAUGAUGAAAUAUACAAGCUUCUUCCGACUGAAGAGGAGAAAGAUGUCUUUCGGCAACAGCUGCAGCAGCUGAAGCAGAUGCUGACUGAUAAGGGCAAGGUGGUAAAUGUUGCAUUCACAGCUCUUGCAGAAGAACUGGUCCAGUCACAACUGUCACAGCAUGAGCCAUCCGACAUAGAGAUUCAGGUGAGACGUUUUGAUGAGUGGCAAGAAGAGCGAACAAAGCUUCUUGAAGAGCAGAUUUUUAUGCUGCAGCGGAAUGAAAAAAUGGCUGAGAUUAAUAAAAAGUUGAAAGAACUGCAGGAAAAAGAGGAAACUCUGCGUUUCUUUGAGUUAAAUGAUGAGAUCAGGUUAAUCCAACCUAAGCACUUGCCCAAGGAGAAAGUAGAAGAUGAUGAGGAGACCCUGCGAGCCAAACGCAUCAAGCGGCGCAAAUUUCGGCACAAUAUUUAAAAUACUGUGUGAGGAAAGAUUUUCCAUGUGUAUACUUAUGUGAGCAGAUUUUGUUACUUAUGUGCGUGUUUUGAAAGGAUGGUGGCCAUAAGGGGUAUAUGCUGUACAUAUGUACAGUUUUUGAUAUAUGGAUAGAUGAAUACUGGCAGGGGAGGAAGUAUGAAAUGGUAGAGUUAUGUGUAUCUCACAUUCAGUAAUUAGUCCAUCCAUUCUUUAUAUGAAGACAGAUUUGUAAAAAAUAUAUCCUCAUUCCCAUGCUUUAAAGAGAUCCAGCUCAAGUUCUAAAAGAGCUUUUUUUUUUAGUGGCUACUUACUAUGUAGCUUUAUUCUCAUUAGUGUAUCAGAAUCCCUUAUCAUUAAUAAUAAUAAUGGAUUUAUAUAGGUGUACCUCUCCUGAUGAAAGAGCUGAUGUUUACAAACAAAUCUUUAGUUUGUUUUCUGGUUGUUUUUACUUUUUUUUUUUUCAGAUGAAGCAAUUCAUAGAUGGUAGGGACUGUAAUAAAAAUAUAAUUGAAAAUAGAUGGCUUUGAACAAUCAUAGUCUGCAUCAUUUUAAUUUGCUGUCUCAUUUAUUGGUUUGAAGAUCAAUACAUGCUCUUUUGUACUUAUCAGCUUAUCUCCCUUUAUCACAGAUUGCUGCAUUCAAACAACUACUUGUUACAGAUGUUGGUAUGUGAAUAAAAACAGUAUAACAUGAUA